AUGACCCUUCUACUAUUUUCUAUAUUAUCGAUUAUUUGCAUAUUGCCACGUGGCAGCUACUGUCAGCAGACAUCCGGAGAAAAACGGGUCACUUUCGAGGACUAUUAUCAAUUUGGAAAAAAUGAGUACACUGAUAAGAAUUGGCCGGAUUGUGUAGCUUUUAUGAAACGAGCGAUUGAUGAUUUUAAAAGUUUUGCAGUGAAACGGGGCGCAGAAGCCGCGCAAGCUGUCGCCAACUACCUCCUUUUCGAUGAUAAUCCACUAAUGAAACGGAACAAAUAUUUCUACGGAAAACAAUACAAAAAACCGGAAUUGUUCACACCAAGUCCCGAAAUGGUCCAAAUUUAUGAGAAACGAGAAUUGGAAUCUCGUUAUUUGAGCUUCAUGGAGACUCGAUUCGUUAUUAAAGAUGGAGAGCUCCCACCCGAACAAGCCGAUGAUCAUAAUCCGUUGUCAACGGAUUUCCACACGGAUGACAAUUUCCCAUACGCUGAAAUUAAGAAUCUGAUGACGUCACCAGAAUGUAAAAUUCUGAGAGCCGAAUUUGAGACGACGGAGAGAGAUGCGUUUGUGAAGGAGUUGGAGAGAAGAGUCAAGCGCAUUUGCAGACAAUACCAAGACGACACAGUGAGUUGCCGGAAGAAAUGUAAUCGACAAGUGAAAACUGCCACGUCAUCAGAAUCUCUGAAAAUUCUGAAAUUCCACGAAACCAGUGAGAUUGCGUUGUGUCUUUUGAGAUGCCGCAAGGAUAUGUUUGGAGACCACCAAACGAUUCGAAAAAUGUCGACAUAUCAUGAUAUGGAGGAGCGUAAACCCUAUCAAUACAUGCAUAUUUGUUAUUAUCAUCAGGGCGAACUUGCAAUGGCCGUACAAUCGGCGUACACGUUUUUGGUGGCGAAUCCAGAUGAUAAGGAUAUAAUGCAGAGUUUGAAUUGGUAUAUGGAACGAGAUGGAUAUUCAGAUGAGAUGUUAAUUGAUAUGGAGAGAAAGGAUCAAGAGGCAAAAUUCAUGAACGGCGUAGCUGCGUACGACGAACAAGACUGGGGACGGUGUGUGCACGAAUUUGAGUCAGCUCUAGAAAAAUCGAUAAUCCAAGACGAGAAAUGUCGAAUUUUGUGUCAGGACAAAAUCGAUUGGAGUGUGGUCAACGGAAAUCCAGAAAUCGAUAUUUUGUUGGCUAGUAUGAGAGCAAAUGUGCUCCGUUGCGAGCACAAUUGUUUGUAUAAAUUGGGGAGAAUCAAUGGAUUUUAUGUGGGAAAUUUGAUUGCCGCACACUUUGAGUACCUUCAUUUUUGCCAUUUUAAGUUGAAACGGGGCGCAGAAGCCGCGCAAGCUGUCGCCAACUACCUCCUUUUCGAUGAUAAUCCACUAAUGAAACGGAACAAAUAUUUCUACGGAAAACAAUACAAAAAACCGGAAUUGUUCACACCAAGUCCCGAAAUGGUCCAAAUUUAUGAGAAACGAGAAUUGGAAUCUCGUUAUUUGAGCUUCAUGGAGACUCGAUUCGUUAUUAAAGAUGGAGAGCUCCCACCCGAACAAGCCGAUGAUCAUAAUCCGUUGUCAACGGAUUUCCACACGGAUGACAAUUUCCCAUACGCUGAAAUUAAGAAUCUGAUGACGUCACCAGAAUGUAAAAUUCUGAGAGCCGAAUUUGAGACGACGGAGAGAGAUGCGUUUGUGAAGGAGUUGGAGAGAAGAGUCAAGAAUCUCUGGCCACAUUCCAAAUUCUCAUCGGUGUCCUGCGGGAAACAUGUCCGGGAGGCUAAGUGCAAAAGAGCAAUUGUGUUCUCCUCGGAGCCAAAUGACUGCGGGGAAUGGCUGGGAAAAUGGUUCACCGGGUGUGUCGUCGUGUUUUGUGAUGAGCCGGAGGAGAUGGAGUAA